CCUACAAAAAGAAACCCACGUGACCCACGCCCAUGGCGGCCACUACGCUCCACCUCCUCUCGCCCCCAACGCUCUCCCUCUCCUCCUCCUCCUCCUCCUCCUCCUCUCUCCUCCUCCCUUUCCCCCACAUGCCCCGUCCCCUCCCCCUCCGCCGCCUCCGCCGCCACCUCUCCGCCGUCGCCUCCGCCGUGCGCCACCACGACGCCGCCGCAUCCCUCUGGACCCCGGCGCCCCUCGCCCUCGUCGCCCCCGCCUCCGCCGACGCCUCCCUCUUCCACGUCGCCCUCGACCUCUCCGACGCCCCCGACCUAGCCGCCGCCCACACCGCCCCCGGCCAGUACCUCCAGCUCCGCCUCCCCUCCGCCGCCUCCGCCGCCGCCGAGGCCAAGCCCACCUUCCUCGCCAUCGCCUCCCCUCCCCCGAUGAUCCCCUCCUCCGCCGGGACCCUCCGCUUCGAGUUCCUCGUCAAGCGCGUCCCCGGAUCGACCGCCGAGCUCCUGUGCGGUCUACGCGACGGGGACGUCGUCGAGGUUAGCGCGGUGAUGGGGAGGGGGUUCGCGAUCGAGCGGAUCUCGCCGCCUCACGCUUUCCCUACCGUCCUCAUCUUCGCCACCGGAUCGGGGAUCAGCCCAAUCCGCUCACUCAUCGAGUCAGGAUUUAAUGCAAAUAAAAGAGCUGACGUGAGGCUUUAUUACGGAGCUAGAAACCUUGAUAGAAUGGCAUAUCAGGACAAGUUCAAGGAUUGGGAGUCCACUGGUGUUAGAAUUUUACCUGUUUUGUCAAGACCAGACAAUAGAUGGAAAGGCAAACAAGGCUAUGUGCAGAAUGCAUUUUCAAGAGCCGAAAAAAUUGUAGAUCCUUCUUCAACAGGAGCUGUGCUCUGUGGCCACAAGCAAAUGACAGAGGAGAUUACAUCGGUGCUUGUAGCUGAUGGUGUACCCAAAGAUAGAAUAUUGAAGAACUUCUAGCUGUGGGAUGCUAUGCACUUAGCUACUUACUAUUUUUGUUGUAUCAUUUUUUAUCAAACACCCUGACAUCUUAUUCUUUUUGUUGUCAAGCAACACGAUAUUCUAACAAGCUUGAAAUAGAAUAAGAGAUAUUUAUUGAAAUUGGCAUUGUUUUUUCCGAUGCAUUAGCCAUAUAUCUCCAGCUGGAGUUGUAUGUUGGAGUAUAUUUGUUUAGUAAACCAAUUAAAAAAGAAUCAAGAUAUGCGCAGCUGAGAUUGUAUGUUGGAUUUCUUUUUUCUUUUUAUAUCUAAUAAUCCAAGUUGAGAGCAUCACUUUGACUGAGA